ACAAUAAUUAAAUAACAAAGUCAUUAGUUGUAUGUUGCUGUCUUCUUUUGGCCAACUUGUUCAAUUUUGUCUGUAUGUGUAACAAAUCGCAUUUUUGUUAAUAAAGUUUAAAAAAAAAAACUUCUCGCGAGACUUCUCGAGAAAACUUCAGUGGGCUAUUCCGCGGGAACUGCACUCUGGUAAAAACAUCUUAAAAAGACCUCCUGCUUAAGGUAUUGCCGUUCUAUUGUAGCUGUUAUUAGAAAGUCAUGUUUUCUGACGUGAGCGCCCAGAAGAAUGGUUCAUCUCUUCUCUGCUGCCCUACCUCUGAGGAGGAGGCUCCUACCUUCGAAAGGAUAUCUCUAACCUAUGAGUUGCUCUCUGAUCGCUACAGUGUUGGUCAGAGGAGCUUUAGUCGCCAGUAUGCUCACAUUUAUGCAGCAAGACUCAUGCAGAUGAGGCCCCUGUUAGCAGAGAGAGCUCAGCAGAAAUGGGGAUCUAAUGUUUCUAUCAAGAAAUUGUGUGACCUAGAGAUGGGGGAGCAGUGUUGCAUUGUGGGGACCUUGUUCAAGCGAAUGGAGCUGCAGCCAUCCAUCCUGAAAGAAAUCAGUGAAGAGCACAAUCUCCUGCCCCAGCCCGCACGAGCCAAAUUCAUCAAUGAAGCGGAUGAGUUGAUUUUAGAGGAUGAGCUCCAGAGGAUCAAAUUGGAGGGCAAAAUUGAGAAAGACAAGUGUGUCACAGGUAGUGUCGUUGCAAUAUAUGGAGCCGAGAAGAGCGAUGGCAAGUUCACGGUUGAGGACUUUUGCACGGCUGAUCUCCCUUUACAGACACCAAGACCCGCGCUCAGCUCUGACAGGUUUGUGCUUCUGGCUUCAGGACUCGGGUUAGGCGGUCACAAUGCUGACAGCAUGCUGGGACUGCAGUUGCUGAUUGACAUGGUCACCGGUCAGCUUGGAGACACGGGAGUGCAAAGUGGGGCAGCAACAAUUUCCAGGGUUCUGUUGGCUGGAAACCUCCUGAGCCAAAACACCCAGGAUAAGGAUGCAUCAACAAAGGCCAAGUACCUCACAAAGAAGACCCAGGCUGGAAGUGUGGAAGCCAUCCGUGUUCUUGAUGAGCUGCUGCUUCAGCUGGUGGCUUCUGUUCCAGUGGAUGUAAUGCCGGGCCAGUAUGAUCCAACCAACUACACUCUCCCACAGCAACCUCUUCACCCAUGUAUGUUCCCUUUGUCUUCUGUAUACAACACCCUGCAGCUGGUCUCUAAUCCAUUUGAAGCAAGCAUUGAUGGAGUGAGGUUUCUGGGGACUUCGGGCCAAAAUGUCUGUGACAUCCAGAAGUACAGCAGCAUGGACAGUCACCUGGAGAUACUGGAGGAAACUCUUCAGCUGAGACACCUGGCUCCCACAGCACCUGACACUCUCGGUUGUUACCCUUUCUAUCAGAAAGAUCCUUUUAUUUUGGAGGAGUGUCCUCAUGUUUACUUUAGCGGCAACGCUCCAACCUUUGAGUCCAAACUCAUCAAAGGUCCCGAUGGUCAGGAGGUCCUUUUGGUUACCAUUCCAGACUUCAGCAGCACUCAAACAGCCUGUCUGGUCAACUUACGCACUCUUCAGUGUGAACCAGUCAGCUUCUCUGCUUUUUCUGCUGACAGAGAUGAAGAGAAUGAGAUGGAUGUCAGCCACUAGCUUUAGGAUAUUCAACUAACUGGGACAAAACUCACUAUUCUAGCUCCAGUGAUGCUGACUUCUGUAUUAUUGAUUGUUGCAACUGCUCUAAAAAGACCUUAAAGGUAGAUUUUUAUGUCAGAGUAACAGAGAUAAAUGAGCAGAAGCAAAACUUGUGUAAUAAGUUUAUUCUCACACCAUCUGUGCCAGAGGAACCUGGAGCUUCCUUGACUGUUUUUUCUUCAGCGGCCGAAUCAAUUGCAUUUCAGAAGAUAAUGUAAAUACAUUUUUUUCUUUUUUUUUAUACAAGUGUUAAAAAUAAACCUCUUUCCAUUAA